AAACACAGGGGGAGUAACUGACAUUGAUCUUUUUGUAUAAAUGUAAAGACAAGAAAUUUGCCACAAGGAACAACAUUUCUUAAAACAGAGAAGAAGAAUAUACAUAAGUCCAUAAAGAAAUGAAGAAACGAGAUCAGCUUAUAAUACCAUCGCAGAGAAAAAUAUUUGAAUGCUACAAGAGAACAGGACGACAGGAAAAUAUAUUGCUCAUUGGUACGAUAGGUGCUGGUAAAUCUGCUACAAUCAAUACAAUUACAGCAACCUUGUCGGGUGAAAAAUCGUACAAAGCUCCCACUGGGAGCAAGGGUACACAUAUGCAUAAAGAUGGACGGAGAAGAACAACGACACAUUUGAUUUGGUACAACAAAUGCGGUAUCGACGGUGCAAAACAGAAAGAUAUGACUGUCCCAAAAGCUUUUCCUCAUUUGGUUGAUAUGACUGGUUUAGCAGACACGUGCACCAAAGAUCAACAGGAAUUGUUAGAAAUGAUAAUCACAGGAAGAAUACCUGACCAAACUUCUAUCCCGGCCUUACAGGACAUUCAGAAUGCGCAAUGGUCAUGGUGGCAAAUGAAAAGAGAUUUUCCAUUUUCGAUGAAUAGUCGAAAAAUUCAUAAAAUACUGUUUGUUGCCAGCGCUGAUGAACCUAUACCGAAACACUUGAUUCAAUCUGUGAAAAAUGUGGCACAGCCUGAUGGAAGUAGAAGAAACAUGAACCCAAGAUAUAUCCCUAUUUUUGGAAUAUUGACGAAGACGGACUUAGUUGACUGGAAAGAUGCUAAAAUUCUAGAACGUGAGGACGAAUUUUUAGAAUUCCUUGGAAUCGAUUCAGCAUCUUGUUAUGCUCGAUGGAAGAAUGACGUUGAUGGAGAAUAUACGAGCAGCCAUCUUCUUUUUCUCUCUAAAUUGUUAUCCCCGGAUGUACGAAUUGUUCUAGAUCAAAGAAGUGUGUGUGGUUAUCUGUUAGACUCGUUCAUUGACCAUCCUAUUCUCUUCAUAUCUGUUACAGUUCUUUUUGUUGCUAUAAGUUAUUGUUACUUCUCCUCGUUAUCACUGACUUUCGGAAACUGGAAGUGAUCCGAAACACGUGAUAACAGUCUUAACCGUGGACUGGCGCGAAUGCACUAUUACACAAAAUGAUUGAUCAUAAUUCAGGGACGAGGUCUCUACGCCUUUUUUUUAACACUUUUGACCAACUUAAUGUUUGAAUACAUUUUGUUUUUUAGAAUUUGUGAUAAAGUACUGUUGUAACCUUUAUUAUUAUAUAUAUGUAUGUUUUUAUAAAAUAAAAGAAACUUAAAAAAAUUCAUAUUGAAGUAGAAUAGAGACUGCACCAGUAAGAAUAGUAUUUAUUGUGUUGAUUAUUGUCUCCCGCGUUGCUGGGGGACAUGGAAAUACCGGCCAUCCGUACGUCUGUCCUUCCCGUCUUGUUAGUGCUCUCACGUGUACAGUUCUUGCCAGAUUUUAAUAAAACUUAUAUAAUAGGUUUAUAUCGGCAUUGUCUCGGACAAGUUCGUAAAUCAGUGGCGAUUAACAAUUUUUAAAAGAGAAAUUCCCCUUUGAAAUAUUAAUUAUAUAGAAAACUGCAUUGUUAGCACUCUCAUUUGUACAAUUCUUGCCAGAUUUUUAUGAAACUUAUAUCAAAGGUUUAAAUCAGCAAUGACUCGGACAAGUUCGAAAUCAGUGCCGAUCAAUUAUUUUUAAAAGUAAUGCCCUUGGGAAUAUUAACUAUAUGGAAAAUUGUAUUGUAAGCACUCUCACAAGUACCAUUUUUGCCAGACUUUUAUCAAAAUAGAGUUAUGCUCCUUUGAAAUAUUAAUUAUAUCUGAAAUUGCAUUGCAUUUGCUCUGAAGCCUUCAUUUCUCUAAAAUAUUUUUAAAAAAAUUAAAGAAAUUUUUAGUUUUUGCUACUAAUGGCCAGAUAAAAUAUGUGCAACGCGGGGGACAUUGGAACUCUGUCUUUUUUUUUAUUUAAGUAUUGAUUUGUGUAAUAUGCGCAAGUAAUAAAUGGAAGCAGGACUUUGGUUAUUCUACAUGAAACAGAAAACUCAGGAAUACGCAUCAACGAAAAAAUA